AAGCUGAACGAACAGUCCUUGCUACGUUCGCGCGCGAAGCGGUCGCGCGGCCAUAUUGAAAAAUAUUUCCCGCCUUUUCCGACGCGAAACAAAAACAAAUAGUUUCGAAAUAGACACCAUUAUUUAGUUGUUUGAAAAUGUAAUUAACUAUGGACGUUUUGGUCAAAUUAUGAGGUGAAGUGGGACAUCUAAAUAUUUUAAUUUGACGGCCAACACAUGCAUGUUCACAUGACCUCACGAAAAUCACACUCAAUCAUGCGAAAACCCAGAAGAUGGACGUCAAACCGAAGAUGUGUGUAAAAUAUCAUGGCCCUGAAAAAUCUCCAGUUGUUCCACUCCAAGACUGACAUGUUAUACCGCCAUGGGACCCCCAUGAGAGCCCCGCCCUCCGCCCUCAGCAGGAGCAUAUCCAAAUCUGCCGAAACUUUAGUCGCUACUACUAGAAAUGGUAAAGAAAUCCGUGCCCGCAAGGCGCGCAGCACCGAGCAGCCGGGAGGGUCCCUGGUCAAGGGGGCCAGCUCGUCCGGGCUACCUGCCCUGGUCAAAGGCUGGGGGCGAGACGACGACAGUGUCCACAGUCGAUCAAGGAACGGCAGCGGCAGUAGCCGAGCCGGCAGCGUAGACCGCAGCACUCGCGGCUCCAGCACCACCCUCAACUCGGAUGAGGAUAACAUCAAUGUCGUGGUCAGGAUCCGUCCGUUCAACGACAGGGAGCGUGCGGUGGGCGAGCGAGAGAUCCUGGAGUUCCCCGGCCGUGGCCAGGUGGUGUGCAACACGGAAGCACCAGGUCAGAAGGCUAAAGUCUUCUCCUACAAUGUUGUCUUCGAACCAGCGGCCACACAGGAGGAUGUGUUGGAGUAUUCCGGCAUAAAAAGGCUACUAGAAAUGGCAAUCGAAGGGUUCUCCUGCACCGCUUUCUGCUACGGCCAGACGGGAAGUGGGAAGACUCACACCCUCACUGGACCCCCUGGUUUGGUGGAGAGAGGCACGAGUCCGCACAACCCUGAACACGGUCUAGUGGUCAGAUCGUUCGUGUACCUCUUCAAGUUGAUCCGGGAACGACCUGAAUGCCACUUCAUACUGAAAGCGUCUUUCUUGGAGAUUUACAACGAAAAGGUGAUAGACCUUCUGAACCCAGGCACAGCUAGGAAGCCACUUCAAGUGCGAUGGUCGAAGGAGAGCAGGAGUUUCUACGUGGAGAACCUGUUCACGGUGGACUGCGAGGAGCUGGACGACUUGUUUGCCGUUUUAGAAGAAGGGAUGCGUAACCGCGCAGUUGGCGCGCACGCAAUGAACGCGCACUCCUCUCGCUCGCACACGCUUCUCUGCGUGCGCAUACGCAAGGAUCUCAAGAACACUGGUGACGUCACGUGUUCCACGCACGGGAAGAUCAACUUUGUAGACUUGGCUGGCAGUGAGAUGACGAAGAAGACGAACAGUUCAGGGAAAACGUUGGAGGAGGCCAAUAAUAUUAACAGGAGUCUGAUGGUGUUAGGAUACUGCAUAGCCCAGCUAAGCGACGGCAAAAAGCGGGGUCACAUUCCGUACCGGGACAGCAAACUGACCAAGUUGUUGGCGGACAGCCUCGCAGGGAACGGCGUCACUUUGAUGAUAGCAUGCAUAGCGCCAUCGAAGUCAAAUCUCAGCGAGACGAUAAACACGCUGAGGUACGCGUCACGAGCGAAGAAGAUCAAGUCCAAACCUAUCGUCAAAAUGGAUGCGAGAGACGCCCUGAUCCUCAGCCUGAAGAGGGAGGUGGAAGCGCUCCAAGCCGAGAACCAGCACCUCAGGACUGCGCUGCACGUGCAGACAGAUUACAACAUGGAUACAUACAGCCAACGUCGCACACCCACUCGAGUCGAACCCAACAAGCUAUACCAACUGCCACAGACAGAAUUAGUGGAGCUAGUCCAACUGCACAUGGACGAGAACUCAGCUCUAAGGACAGAGAAUACUGAGCUGUUCGGUGUUCGGGACCAGCUGCUGAGGGACCAGGAGUUGCUGAGCAGAGAGAAUGAAAGGCUGCUGAAGAAACUUGAAGAUGUUAAUUCGACAAUGUUCGGAAUGAGCUGACGCUCGAAGGGUCGAAGUGUUUGUAUCAGAUCGCCAAUCAUCCCCGCGCGGCCAGCGUACACGGACGAAGCAAACAUUUGGACCAACCCCUCGGCUUCUACCCCCAGCAAUGGGAGCUAAUGAGGUAUAGUUGGAAGCCAAUAUUUGGACCAACAUCGAUUGAUUUUACCGAUGCCAUAAAGUGGAUUGUUUGGACCAAUGUCGAUAACUGUACGAGAAGGUUGGGAACCUGUAUGGUGAACUGAAGAGGUCAAUAUAAGGACCGAAAAUGAUGCUUCUACCGCGUGAAAGAAGAAACCCGAGCAGAGAACAUUUAGACAAAUAAAUGUUUCGAAACAAAUUUAGACAAAUAAAUGUUUCGAUAAAGACCAAUAGGGAGUACUCUCCCUAUCUCAAAGGGGCAAUUGGAGCAAUGGAGUGAGAUUUAUAUUCAUUUAUGUAUCCAGAAUACUAUAAUUGUAACGAAUAUAUUGUCUUGCCGAGAUAAUAUUAUUUGUUAUAUGCUCUUCAAAUAAACACAGUAUUUUUUAUAAAAUAAUAGGGUGGUAUUUACAUAUACAUAUUAUGCUUAAGAAUAAUCCCGAAUAGUUAAUAAUAAAUUUGUAAUAGGUAUAAUUAUUUUUGUGUAGAAAUAGUUUGCUUCUUUCAAAUUAGAGGUAAUUUGUGACAAUAAUGCGAUUCAAAUGGUGUAAGUUGUAGAUAAAAUAGAAUAAAAAUUAAAACAAUAAGUACAUACAUAUUUUAAACUAAAAAUAUUAUUUUAAUUAAACAUAUAAAUCAUUCACAUGUGAUUAUCGGCGGAGAUAU